AUGAAGCCAGUCAUCCUCUACACUGCGGGCACGCCCAACGGCCAGAAAGUUUCCAACUUCACCGAAGAGCUCAAAGCUGUCUAUCCCGACUUCCAGGUCGACUACCAGGCCAUCAGCCUCGGCAAGAAUGAGCAGAAGGAAGACUGGUUCCUCAAGAUCAACCCUAAUGGACGCAUCCCUGCGCUCAAGGACCCCAACCGCGGCGACUUCUGUGUCUUCGAGACCGCCUCGAUUAUCCUCUACCUCGAGAAGCACUACGAUCCCAAACAUAUCUUCUCCUGGUCCGACGAAGGCGAUGGUGUUGACAAGAGGAGUGAAGUUCUUUCAUGGCUUUUUUAUGUACACGGAGGCGUUGGUCCGAUGCAGGGGCAGGCGAAUCACUUCGUACGCUAUGCUCCCGAAGACAUUCCCUAUGCUAAGAGUCGGUAUACGACCGAAGUCAAGCGUCUCUAUCAGGUGCUUGAUUCGCGGCUGAAGGACCACGACUGGCUGGUGGGCGAUAAGUAUUCGAUUGCCGAUAUUAACGCCUACCCAUGGCUGCAGUACUACAAGUGGGCUGGCUUGCAAGAUUCUGAUGUACCGCAGAGUGUCAAGGACUAUAUCGACAGGAACUGGGAGCGCCCCGCUGUCCGCGAGGGCAUGAAGGUCCCCAAUGGCAACACGGACUGGAUCGAAAAGAUGCGCAGCAAGGACUUCUUUGAGGUUCAUCUCAAGGAGGCUAACGAGAAAGCGGCUCAGGCGUCAAAGUGGAUCCAGGACGGGAUGAAGAAAGAUCGCGAAUCCAAGGCUUGA